AUGUCAACCAUACCUGACUUUCAUGAGCUUUCAAAAACUCAAUACAUGCUGUUUCGGGAUGCUAAACAUCCGCAACUAGCGGAACAGUACCCUGAUUCGACCGAUGAAGAGCUUGUUGAACUCGUAGCGUCCUUUUGGGAGAAAGCGACACCGGAGAAAAAAGCAUUUUAUUCAAGUGAAGCAGCUCGACUCAAAGCCCUACAGAAAAAAUUUUACGGGCAUCUCAAGCGUCCACGUAGCGCAUAUACAAUUUGGUCUAACGAAAAUUGUAUUGAUUUGUUCAACCAAAACCCUACUGCAAAUGCUCGUGUUAUUACGAAAAAGUUAGGAAUCAUGUGGAAUGACAUGAGUGAUGAAGAAAAAACUCCAUAUUUUCAACAAGAAGAGAUGGAAAAAGCAGUGUUCGAGGCAGCUGUGGAAAGUAUAAAGAACAAUAACAAGACCGAAGAAAAACAGCCGAUCAAAGGCCCUAAAACUUCAUACAAUAUUUUCUAUAGUUUCAAGAAAAACGAACUGGAAAAGGAAAAUUUGAGCAUCGAAAAAGCGAAGAUGGCUGAAGAAAUAAACAAAACAUGGAGAAAUAUGUCUGAUGCCGAGAAAGCGCCGUUCCGAGUUCAAGCGAUGCAGUUGAAAAUAGAGAAUAAUAAAAUUUCUGCAAAUCAAAACUACCAAUCACUUCGAAUGGCGAGGAAGAGAAAAGCUGAUGUAGCUAAUCAAGAGGCUAUCACUCUAUCGCCAUCGCUUUCGACUGAUUCAGAAGUUGAAAGAGAGGACAACCAAACUCCAUCUGUCCGUUUGUUGGAAUGCUCAUUUUCCAAUUUGGGAAUUGAUGACGGCGAAUUGGAGCAGUUGGAAAACAUUGAACCAACAGUCAAAAUGCCUGAUGAUUUUCCAUGGGAAAAGGUAAUUGAGAGUAUUCUUUAG